AUGAAAACAGCAAUGGUGGUGGCCCAUCAUGACCGGAUUAAGUUGUGUAAAGAUAGGGAGGUCCCCAAUUGGUGUAAAAAACUACAAGCCCAAGUUUUAAGUAGAAAUUGGAAGGAAAUAGAGGAGUUGGAACCCAAGGGAAAAAGGGGAAAAAACAUUUAUUGCUCAUGCCGGGGACCAGAUGAUGGGGGUCUCAUGAUUAGAUGUGACGAGUGCAGGGAAUGGUUCCAUGGACGAUGCGUGGACAUCACUCCUGAGGAGGCGGACAGAAUGGACGCCUAUCAGUGUCCUGGAUGUUCGGUCUCCACAGGGGUGCACGUGUCCAGGAUCUCCCUGCACUCUAAGGUAAAUCUAUUUCAGAUGAAUAACCAGAACAGUAUUGACAAAACAGGGGAUGGAAGCCAGCCACCUUCUCCAGAGCAGGCCUCCGUCACAGAGGUGACGGAGGAACUGGUAGUGUGUGUGUCGGAGGAGGAGCUGAGGCAGCUGGACCCUGAGGUCCAGGGGAGCCCAGGGGCUGCCUUAGAGGUAUGUGGGGGGGAGGUGAAGAAAACCAAGAAGAAGAGGAAGUCGAGGAGCAACAAGAAGAGCAGAGCUGCCAAGAAGAAGGCCACGGCAGCAACCUCACCUCUCCUGACAACCUCACCUCAGGGGGUGGCUCAGGGUCAGGAGGUGUGUCGGGGCCAGUCUGGCUCCCCAGCUUCCGGUGAGGUGGCAACACCUCACUAUGGAGUUCAGGGUGAAGCAGUUGGUACUGGACUGUCUUGUCCAGUUUCUGGCUGUGAAACCCGGGGACCAGGCUUGGAAGGGCACAUUCUCGCGGAGCACGUGGCCGAGGUGUUCCGUGACCUGGUAGUCUCCGACCCAGGGUUAGCCCGGGUGCGUCUCACAUCGCUGAGCACACUCUUCAGGGCCCUGGGGGGGCUGCUGUUGGGGACCCCAUCCAUUGGGUGA